AACAACAGCACUGGAAGGAGCAUAAUAUGACAUGAAGAGAAUAUGAAUACUUUUACAUAUUUAGGGAAAGUAAAUUAACAAAUACUUUUAUCUUUAAUUAUGAUGAUGAUUUCUGGUUAUGUUAGGCCAGCAUAAGAAGGUCUUGCUGGUCAUGACGCCACACCACUGCUACCAGUGGUGCUCGUACCACAAUUUAAUGAACCUUUUUUGUCAAGCUGUGAGUCAAUUGUUUGAAGAUUAGCCAACCUGCUCACAACCUUUGGGGCACUUUUUUUCGUUUUCGGUUUUGUGUAAGUGGCAGGAGAAAAAGCUCUGCUUACAGGGGAAAGUUGUUUGGCAUGUAUUAACUACUAGAUGUUACACCUGCCGCCUCUCAUUCUGCUGUGCACUCCACGUUCCUCUCCGACUCUACAAUCAACACACCUGACGCUGAUGAACCUCCUGCCUUCUUAAGGCAGCGCCGUCUUGCGUUCCAGUGCCAGAACGUAGCUACUUGUGCAUCAACGCGUCAUCCUCCCCCUGGUUUCGAGCUGUGUGUCUCGUCUCCCACGGAUCCCCUCUCGACUCUCUGCUGCCUCCCUGGAUCUCAACCCUCUCGCUUGCCCUUUGACCACGACGCCUCGCUCCAGCCCUUAACCUCCUGCCUGUCCCCGGACCUUCGAGCCUGCCUUGCCCUUUCUGGACUUCAGCCCCUGGUCUCAACAUGCACCUUCAACACCACCAGGUGGCGGACUAAAGACGAUGCUGGAUGUCAUGGAAGUUCCAAGUCAUGCGAGGGAUCUCCUCCUGCAGCUCAACAGUCAGCGCACCAAAGGCUUCCUGUGCGACGUCAUCAUCGUGGUGCAGAACGCCCUUUUCAGGGCACACAAGAACAUUCUGGCGGCCAGCAGCCUCUACUUGAAGUCUUUGGUGGUCCACGACAAUCUCAUCAACCUCGACCACGAGAUGGUGAGUCCCGGGGUCUUCCGGGUGAUUCUGGACUACAUCUACACAGGACGCCUCACAGAAGGGGACCCCGCCUCUCCCGCAGAGCCCAACCUGGGCGCCGUCUUGGCCGCGGCCAGCUAUCUUCAGCUGCUUGACUUAGUGGCUCUGUGCAAAAAGAAGCUGAAAAGAAACGGCAAGUACCCUCCUCGCACUGGGCCGGCCUUCCUCACCUAUGCAAAAAUGGGGCCUGGUAUGGGUUUAGGCAGUGGAGGUCGGUACAGGGUGUCCACACCUGUCAUCCAGCCAUGCCCUCCUGGGGGGAUUAUGAACAGCCACACACCCCGGCCUCCCCCACUCGAGGAGCUGGUUCCCCAUCGGCUUGCCAUCCAUGCUGGUGAGCUGUACGCUCCCACCUCCGCUCAAAGCUCCCACAUGUUCCCGUCCAUGCAGUCGGUUCUGCCGGCCCAGCUUGGCCUACGUUCAGCGCUUCCGGAGAGAAACUGCUCCCCCAACUAUGGCCUUGAUCUCUCCAAGAAGAGUCCUAACUCCCAGUCCCAGCACACUCUCUCCCAGUCGCGUGUGGUCAGCAACCACAAUGACGAGGAGCGAGAUGGGACCCCGAACGGACGCACCAGUCCCACCAACGGAAGAGCCUUCCCCUCGGAAAAAAUGGAGACAACAGAUCAGGCUCUAACCCCGCCACCAUUUCCCCAUCACAAUCAUCCACUCGGUCCCCAUCUCCCUCACCUCCAUCGUUCCAGAUCACAGGGUAGGGAGCGCUACCCGUUCCCCGCAAGCCCGGACACCCCCACUGAAAACGGGGAGUCCGGGAGAGAGGUGGGUAACAUCUACCGCUGGGUGAAACAUGAGCCUCUGGCAUACACAGGUGAAGACGAGGAGGAAGAAGAGGAGGAGGAGGACGGGGGUGAGAAUGGAGAGCGGCGACACAAUCACAACAAGAUUGGCGAGGAAAGCGAGGGCCCGGACGACAAGAGCGGCUCUGGCACUGAGGAGACGGGCAGCAGCGAGGGUCGCCCGUCCCCUUCAGGUCCGAUGGGGAGGUUCCACGUGCCGUACGAGCCGGAGAGUUUUGGGGACAACCUGUACGUCUGCAUUCCCUGUGACAAGGGCUUUCCAAGCUCAGAGCAGCUCAACGCGCAUGUGGAAACGCACACAGAGGAGGAGCUGUACGGUAACUCAGGCGGGGAGCUGGCAAACAGCAACAACAGCAAGAACAUCAACAGCAGCACCAAUGGCUACGGGGGCUUGAGCAGCGCCAACAGCCUGAACAGCCUGUCCCACCUGGAGACAAAGUCCAGUCAAGCUUUGGCUUCAGGGGCCAUAGCGGAGAUGAUCCGGCCAUACCGCUGCUCCUCCUGCGAAAAGUCCUACAAAGACCCCGCCACUCUGCGUCAGCACGAAAAAACCCACUGGCUGACCCGGCCGUACCCCUGCAGCAUCUGCGGCAAGAAGUUCACGCAGCGCGGGACCAUGACUCGCCACAUGCGCAGCCACCUGGGCCUCAAGCCUUUCGCCUGCGACUCCUGCGGGAUGCGCUUCACCCGCCAGUACCGCCUCACCGAGCACAUGCGCAUCCACUCCGGGGAGAAGCCUUACGAGUGCCAAGUGUGCGGAGGGAAGUUUGCCCAGCAGCGCAAUCUGAUCAGUCACAUGAAGAUGCACAGCAGCGGGGGCUCCAUGGGGGGCCUCGCCACCGAAGGAAAACUGAAGCUGGACUUUGCCGAGGGCAUCUACCCACUGAGCAAGUACACGGCGGAGCAUCUGGGGCUGAAACAGGAGAAGGCCAACGAGCUCCUCAUCCAGGCGCAGCAGCAGCUGGUCGCUGACGCCAAGGCCAUGGAGAGCCUCUACCCGCUCUCCAAACUGGCGUCCGAGCACCUCGGAGGCCUCGUCCACGACAAGAUGGACGGUCUGUGCCAAGUUCUGCCCCCUCCCCAACAAGCUCUCUCCGAGGCCCGCACCAUUGACCGCUACUCGCCCAGCUAAUAGCACACAGCCCCACGCCAAGGCCGAGCCCCAGAUGCCACACGCAGUAUUCUGACACCCGCGCACCUCAGCUGAAUCUGCACCCCAGACUGGAGAGACGUCAGUCUGCUGGUGCACGCCAAACUGUGUUGACUGUAAGUGCCUUUUCUACGCAUCUAACCUUUGAAGCCUCCUUCCUCAAGGAGCACUGUGCUCUCUCUCCUGUGACCAAGGGACACUCGCUUGACAGAAGCACAGUAUUUAUGUGUGUGUUUGCAGAUAUUGAGCCAAAGCAACAAAUUGAAAACCAAAAAAAAAAGAAAGAAAGAAAAAAAAAGCUUAUUUAUUUUUUUGUAUGAUGAAAUCCAAAGAGAAACCUUACCCUUAAGCCUGUGUUUAUAUAAACAAAUGCACAUAAAGGACAAGAUUCAGGGUUUUUGUCCAGAUCUUUUAGCAAAUAAUAAAGUCAACUAUUCUGGACUUUAAAAGAAUGGGAAGAUCCAUCCAUCCAUCCAUCCAUCCAUCCAUCCAUCCAUCCAUCCAUCCAUCCAUCCAUCCAUUUUCUUCCAGACUUCCCUCUCCCCAGCCACUUCAUCCAGCUCCUCCCGGGGGAUCCCGGGGCGUUCCCAGGCCAGCCGGGAGACAUAGUCUUCCCAACGUGUCCUGGGUCUUCCCCGUGGCCUCCUUCCUACCGGUCAGACAUGCCCUAAACACCUCCCUAGGGAGGCGUUUGGAGGGCAUCCUGACCAGAUGCCCGAACCACCUCAUCUGGCUCCUCUCCAUGUGAAGGCUUUACUUUGAGCUCCUCCCGGAUGACGGAGCUUCUCAUCCCUAUCUCUAAGGGAGAGACCCGCCACCCGGUGAAGGAAACUCAUUUCGUCCGCUUGUACCCAUGUGCCCCGUGUGGAGGUGUUCAAGUACCUGGGAGUCUUGUUCACGAGUGGAUGGUGAGAUGGACAGGCGGCGUCUUCAGUAAUACGGACGUCGUAUCGAUCCGUUGUGGUGAAGAAGGAGCUGAGCCGGAAGGCAAAGCUCUCAAUUUACCGGUCGAUAUACGUUCCCAUCCUCACCUAUGGUCAUGAGCUUUGGGUCAUGACCGAAAGGACAAGAUCACGGUUACAAGCGGUCGAAAUGAAUGGGAAGAUAAUUUGUUGAGGGAGUAUUAUAGACAACUGUCCAGCUCCUUCCUCGCAUUCAAGCAUAUCUUCAAGUCAUUUAUAGUAAGAGCAGCAUGUUUAGAAAAAAAAACGCAUACCGUAUUUUUCGGAGUAUAAGUCGCACCGGCCGAAAAUGCAUAAUAGAGAAGGGAAAAAACAUAUAUAGGUCGCACUGGAGUAGGAGUCGCAUUUUUUGGGGAAAUGUAUUUGAUAAAAGCCAACAGCAAGAAUAGACAUUUGAAAGACAAUUUAAAAUGUCUAAAGAAUAGUGAACAACAGGCUGAAUAAGUGUACGUUAUAUGAGGCAUAAAUAACCAACUGGUAUGUUAACGUAACAUAUUAUGGUAAGAGUCAUUCAAAUAACUAUAACAGUGGUUCUUAACCUUGUUGGAGGUAGCGAACCCCACCAGUUUCAUAUGCGCAUUCACCCAACCCUUCUUUAGUGAAAAAUAAAAUGUUUUGUUUUUUUUCAAAUUCAAGAUAAAGUUAUAUGUUUUUGGUAACACUUUAGUAUGGGGAACAUAUUCUAAGUAACAAAGACUUAAUUUAGAGUUUUUUUGGACUCUUAAGGGAACAUAUUCUAAGUAACAAAGAGUUAAUUUAGAGUUUUUUGGACACUAGGGGAACAUAUUCUAAGUAACAAAGAGUUAAUUUAGAGUUUUUUGGACACUAGGGGAACAUAUUCUAAGUAACCAAGACUUAAUUUAGAGUUUUUUUGGACUCUAGGGGAACAUAUUCUAAGUAACAAAGACUUAAUUUAGAGUUUUUUGGACACUAGGGGAACAUAUUCUAAGUAACAAAGACUUAAUUUAGAGUUAUUCGGACACUCGGGGAACAUAUUCUAAGUAACAAAGACUUAAUUUAGAGUUAUUUGGACACUAGGGGAACAUAUUCUAAGUAACAAAGAGUUAAUUUAGAGUUUUUUGGACACUAGGGGAACA